AUGGCUAUCUUCAGAUCUAAAUCAUCCAACAAAACCCCACAAGAAGGGAACAUAGAUGUCAAAAUCACCCACAAGGAUGAAGAACAUUAUAAAGUACACACAGCCAACGUGCAUGAUCCUAUCUUGACCGCUGUCAACGAAGCACAGCCUUUUGAGCAAGCAGCCCAAAGAGAUACCAGAAGACCAUCUUACUUAUCCAACGAAUCAGCUGAUUUAAAAGAUAUAUUUGGUCAACCAAUUAGACAAACUGAUAUGUCGAACCCAACGAGAAAUAGAAAUGAAAGACCAUUAGAUACUAUACGUGGAUUCGAAUAUGCCAUCACCGGUGAUGUUAGCUACAGAGAUCAAUUAGAAAGUGGUCGUUUAGGGUGGGGAUUCCAUGAAGAUUUCCCAUAUUAUAAUUUGAAUGGACAAGGUGCACAAGAUGAUGGUGGCCCACAAAUGGGUGGAAGUGGCAGACCAGUAAUCAAUUUUGAUGAUCAACCAGUUUAUCAAGCUCAGAACUAUAGUGCCAGCUCUUUGCAGAAUGAUGGUGGUAAAAAGAAGAAGAAGAGAGGAUUGUUUGGAAGAAAGAAGUAG